UGAUGUCGCUCGAGCUAUAUUUUGUAAUUUUCGUUCUCGGCCUUCAUAUUGUUGCGAAAAUUAGCAGUUAUUAUGGAGAGCAUGAGAUGCAAGAAGCAACGUUGCAAAGUCUGGGUAUCAGCAAGCGAGACGGCUAAGGCCUUCGGUCUCCACAGGGUCCUAAAGCCUUUGUUGACAAACCAAUAGCCGUAUUUACCGUAGACAAGCUGCCUAUGUCGUUGAUAAAUUAUCAAAUGGACGAAUCACGUUAAUAUUAUUAAGUGUGGCUGUCCUUUGUUUAUUACGCUCAGUGGCUGUUGGUGAAUAUGUUGAGGCAACGCAACGAUCGUUUUUAAACGAUUAAAAUAAAUAAAUAAAUACGAAAACAAACCGUAUUGUAUAAAAUGGGUAUUGCAACAGUGUAUCCACUGGGCCAUUUCCCCUGUCACAACAAAGCCAAUCGCUGGAAAACGCGUUUGCUCAAAUUAUGCGCCGGAUAAGAAACUGGUUUUCUACUGUGCUUUUACUGUUAAAAUAUAGAUAAUGUAGGCUGCAUGAAUCCAUAGCCUACUUUUAUAUGGUCUGACAACAGACAAUGUGCACAGUAGAUAGCCUACUGUAUAGAACAAAUGUAGGACGGAAAAUGAAACUCUGUUUUUUGAACAAUGGGGUAUAAGCGAUAUUUUUUCAUAAUAAAUUGGUUUAAUCCAUUGUUUCUGCCUACGGGACUGUACUAAAUUAUCUGUUUCGGUGCAGAGUCUAAUAAGGACCAUUGACCGAAAUAGCAUAAAUAAUAAUGAUAAAUAUAUGGGGAAUCGAUAACGUUCAACGUGUAUGUCGUGCUAUGUGUAUUAUGAAUAAUACUGAUUAAAUAAAUAAACAUAGACGGAAUGAAAUUAUCCAUUUCCCAAACGGAGAAACCAUCAGCUGUAGGUUAGACAUAACGGACCGUCAUCAACUGAGUAACCUACAAAAGUAGGCAACUGGAAACUUUAAAAUAGUAAAUUAUGCCAGCGGGGUUAGUUGUGACAUUUUGAUAUGGCAUUGCAAACGCAAGCUAAUAUUUUAAGAAUAAAAGUAGGCUAUGUGAGCGUUUUAAGCUACCUGUAGCCUAAUACUCGACGUCAGAUCAUAGCCAACGACGUGGUUUCUCUUUGCAGUUGUAUAUGCAAAUGCAGCAUUUGCCACUGUCUCAGAGGAGUAUAUCUACGUGUUACUAAUUAUAUUAAUGACAUUUUUUAAAUUCCUAAAACGGCGUAGGAAAAACGAUUAUUACUAAACUAAUCAGCAACCAUACUGCUAGCAGUGCACGUUCGGUUUCUAAACCAUAUAGCUAAUUUAAAUAUCCCCAGGAGUUCCUGUCGAGAAUACAAUGUUGUGGGUGUUGUGAAUCAGCUAGCUUUAUGACCCAGUAGUGUCCUUCCUCUUUGCAGCUGCUUGUGCUGUUGCAGGAGGACCAGAAAUCUGCAAUAAGGGGAGCUAUGUCGUCAAAGCCCAUCCUCGGCGAAGCGUGAUCAACCAUGAUGAAGACCGAAUCCCCGUCCGCAGCCAGCAACGGCGGCAGCAGCAGCACGUCGCUGAGGAGCCCCUCACCGCACAGAAACGCCUAUGAGGCGGGUAUCCAGGCGCUCAAGCAGGCUAAGGAUGCCCUGAACAACGCUACGAACGGGGAUGAAGGCAAGGACUGUAAGCCCAGGCCCCCCGGUCGGGGCCGCAGGUACGGCUCUAACGUCCACCGCAUUAAGAACAUGUUCAUGCAGAUGGGCACAGGGCCGGGGGAGGAGGAGGAUCCGGCCAAGGCUAAGGACCAGGCGGUGCGCCUGUCGCUUCCCAGGGCCAGCAGCCUGAAUGAGAACGUGGACCACAGCGCGCUGCUCAAACUGGGCUCCACCGUCUCCGAGCGCGUCAGCCGCUUCGACGGCAAGGGGGACGGCGGGGCACCGCGCGGCGCCUGCGGCUUCUCCAAGCUGCAGGAGACCCGCAAGAUCUUCGAGCAGCGCCACCUGCAGGAGAAACAGGCGGCCACCAACCGCAUCUUGCUGAAGAAGGAGCGGGCGUCGGGCUUCCAGGAUGGCCGGCUGGACGUGGUGGUGCGCUUCAACGGCAGCAACGAGUCCCUGGACAGCCUGGAUGCCAUGGGUGCGGGGGAGGCCGUGUCGCCCACCGUCAGCCAGCUCAGCGCCGUCUUUGAGAAGGCCGACCUCCGCAACAACCUGCACCGGCCCUCCCCCGCUCGCGGAGUGGGCGUUCUCAAUUCCAAAAUAAUCACCAAGAAGGGGCGCGUGUUCCCCCCAGUCGCCGCUAAGGAUGACGGCGGGCUCCCCAAGGCCCCCGAGGGGCCGCCCCAGAGCCCCAGGACCAAAGCAGGUGCACAGAGAGAGGAGGGAGCCUCCUCUUCCACUGGCGCCCCGAGGUCAGGGGGCGGGGCCAAGCCCAAGGAGCUGAACAAGCACAGGGCGGGGUCAGAGGAAAGCAAGCAGCUGGCCCUGGACCAGGCCAAGAGGGAGUCCAAGGCCGGAGUGGGGGAGGACGCCAGCGGGAAGGACGCCCUGGAGACGGGCAGCAGGCUGGUGCAGGCUGAGAUCCACGCCUCCCUGGAGAACGGCGAGACCACCAGGGCUCAGGACGAGGCCUCCGAGACAGGCUCCUCAAUCCCAGAGGGCCCCGAGGCAGAGAAGGGGCAGGAGGAAGGAGGGCGGGCGGAGGGGGAGGAGCCUGAGGGGUCGCCGCAGGGCGAGGACGCAGGGGAGGAGUCCCGGAGGGACGACUACUCCGAGGCGGACCUGGUGGACAUCAGUGCGUACAGCGGCAUCGGGGAGGACUCCGGCGGCAGCCAGCUGGACGAGGACGAGGAGGACGAGGAUGAGGCCUACGAGCCCGAGUCCAGCUGCCUGGAGGUCCCAGGCCUGCCUGCUGAAGAGGAGCCGCCGCCCAGCCGAAAGAUCUGCUUCAGCACCAACCCCAUCAAGGUGUUCACCACAUACUCCAACGAGGAAUAUGACCGGCGCAAUGACGACGUGGACCCCAUGGCGGCGUCGGCCGAGUACGAGCUGGAGAAGAGGGUGGAGCGGCUGGACCUUUUCCCCGUGGAGCUGGAGAAAGACGGAGACGGCCUGGGCAUCAGCAUCAUCGGCAUGGGCGCCGGCGCCGACAUGGGCCUGGAGAAGCUCGGCAUCUUCGUCAAGACGGUCACUGAGGGAGGGGCCGCACACCGGGACGGCAGGAUCCAGGUGAACGACCUCAUCGUGGAGGUGGACGGCACCAGCCUGGUGGGCGUGACCCAGAGCUUCGCCGCCUCCGUCCUGAGGAACACCACCGGCACCGUCAGGUUCACGAUUGGGCGGGAGAAGCCGGGCGAGCAGAGUGAGGUGGCCCAGCUCAUCCAGCAGACGCUGGACCAGGAGCGCUGGCAGCGGGAGAUGAUGGAGCAGCGGUACUCCCAGUACAUGGACGACGAGGACGAGACUGGAGAGUACGCCACUGAUGAAGAGGAGGAGAUGAGCCCCAUGUUCCCGAACACCAUCGAGGUGUUUGACCUGGCCGAGAACGAGGACAUGCUGUCGCCCGUGGAGAUGGACCCCGAGAAGCUGGCACACAAGUUCAAAGAGCUUCAGAUAAAGCACGCGGUGACGGAGGCCGAGAUCCAGCAGCUGAAGAGAAAGCUGGCGCACGCCGAACAGGACAAGCUGCGCUGGCGCAUGGAGAAGGCGCAGCUGGAGCAGAGUGUGCAGGAGAACAAGGAGCGCAUGGAGAAGCUGGAGGGCUACUGGAUGGAGGCGCAGAGCCUAUGUCAGGCCGUUGACGAGCACCUGAAGGAGACGCAGGCACAGUACCAGACCCUGGAGCGCAAGUACUGCAAGGCCAAGCGCCUCAUUAAGGAGUACCAGCAGAAGGAGAUUGAGUUCCUGAAGAAGGAGACGGCCCAGCGUCGGGCACACGAGGAAACAGAAGCUACUCACAAGGAUGAGACAGAUAAUCUGCAGGACAAGAUCACAGACCUGGAGACCAAGGUGGAUGCCCUGAAGACCUCUGAGCCCUCAUAGGUGCGCCCGGCUGGGAGGACCACCAGUUUCCGCAGACCCUGCUCACACGCACCUUUCCCCAGACCGAGCGCACCAAGACCGCCAACGAGAACAAAAUUCACACAACAAAAAAAAACAAAAAACAAAAAAAAACAA